GAGCAAAUAAUAUCACGACGCAAGAUACUGGACAGCUACUCAUUGCAAUUCUCUUCCAUGUCUAUCUCAUUAACAAAUAUUCAAAUAUAUUCCAUGGAAACUAACUUAAACAAUUUUCUCUUCCAGUGAUCAAACAAAUAAAAUAACUGAUUAUCAUCAUUGUUUAUAUAGCAACUUCGUUUCCACGCUCUCUGGUUCCACAGAACCGGCCAUGGAAGCCACUAUUGUGCUUCCUCUGCUUCUCAUCUCUCUGUUUUCGACAAUUCUUGUGGCACAAGCAACUGAUAUCCUCGCAGCAAAUCAGACUCUAAAAGAUGGAGACACCAUAGUUUCACAAGGUGGGAGCUUUGAGGUUGGUUUUUUCUCUCCAGGAGGAUCAAGAAAUCGUUAUCUCGGAAUUUGGUACAAGAAAAUCUCUCUGCAGACAGUUGUUUGGGUCGCUAACAGAGACUCUCCUCUCUACGAUCUCUCAGGAACCCUAAAAGUAUCUGGAAAUGGGAGCUUAUGCCUCUUCAAUGGCCAGAACUACCUCAUCUGGUCAUCAUCAUCAUCACCAUCUUCCCAGAAAACCAGCGUAAGAAACCCAAUUGUUCAGAUUCUUGAUACAAGUAAUUUAGUUGUGAGAAACUCAGGGGAUGAUCAAGAUUACAUAUGGCAGAGUUUAGAUUACCCAGGAGAUAUGUUUCUUCCAGGAAUGAAAUAUGGUAUCAAUUUUGUCACUGGUAUAAACCGGUUCUUGACAUCUUGGAGAUCCCUAGACGAUCCGUCAACCGGCAACUACACGAAUAAAAUGGAUCCAAACGGUGUCCCGCAGUUUUUCCUGAAGAGAAACUCGGUUGAUUACUUCAGGACUGGUCCAUGGAACGGGCUAAGAUUCACCGGUAUGCCUCACCUAAAACCUAACCCUAUCUAUCGGUAUGAGUUUGUCUUCACGGAGGAAGAAGCUUACUACACUUACAAGCUUGAAAACCCUUCAGUGAUCACAAGAAUGCAGCUGAAUCCGAAUGGAGCUUUGCAACGUUACACUUGGGUCGAGAGCCUUCAAAGUUGGAACUUCUACUUAUCGGCUAUGAUGGAUAGUUGUGAUCUCUACACGUUGUGUGGCUCUUACGGAAGCUGCAACAUCAAUGAUUCUCCGGCUUGUAGGUGUUUAAAAGGGUUUGUUGCUAAAUCUCCAGAGGCUUGGGUUGCAGGGGAUUGGUCAGAAGGGUGCGUUAGGAGAGUGAAAUUGGAUUGUGGUAAAGGAGAAGACGACUUUCUGAAGAUUCCAAAGUUGAAGUUACCAGAUACAAGAACAUCGUGGUAUGAUAAGAACAUGGAUUUGAGUGAAUGCAAAAAGGUAUGCUUGAGAAACUGUACAUGCUCGGCUUAUUCGCCUUUCGACAUUAGAGACGGCGGAAAAGGAUGUAUUCUCUGGUUCGGAGAUUUGAUUGAUAUAAGAGAGUAUAAUGAAAACGGACAAGAUCUGUAUGUGAGGCUUGCUUCUUCUGAGAUAGACAAGUAUAAUAUCCAUUACAUGAAGGGAAAGAUAAGGAUGUUGCUCAUAAUAGUAUUAUCUACAGCUCUGUUUCUUAUUUGCCUUUGCAUUGGUCUGACUGUCUUCAACAUGAAGAAAAAGAAACUUGCAACAAAAGAAACUGUGCAGCGCGAAUCUCUUCGUGUUUCAAGCAGGAAACAAGAGGAAGAAGAUCUUGAAUUACCAUUUCUUGAUCUUGACACAAUCUCAGAAGCUACAAGUGGAUUCUCUGAUGGGAACAAACUUGGACAAGGUGGUUUUGGACCGGUGUUUAAGGUAACAAAUCACAGCAUCUUGUCUAAUUCUCAGAUCCUGCUCAAAAAGACCAAACAUGUCAGUGGUGGUUUUGAUGUUGAGUAGUGACAUGUUGCUUCUUGAUCCGAGGCAGCCCGGUUUUUUUAACGAAAGAAAUCUCUUGUUUUCCGACACUGUAUCGAUUAAUCUCGAGAUUCCUUCCAAUAAUUUACAAACCAUGAGUGUAAUAGAGCCUAGAUAAACCUUGUAAUUGAUA